AUGGAUCAGCUGCAACCUCCGAGUCUAUCUCCGUCUACCUAUCACUCUCCCUCGACAUCCACCACCAGCACCAACACUCCCGCCAUUACACCUACACAACCCUCCUCGCCUGUCACGGCCACGCAUAUGUCGGUGGCGGUGCAGGUCUUCAUCGGACACACUGGCCAGCGAUUGUCUAUUGACCCCAGUGUUACGAACACCGUCGAGGCACUCCGGUCAUGGAUUGCCCAGCAGGCCGCCAUCGAGGCGCGUAACCAGAUCCUACUCACUGCCAACGGGAAGGCGGUACGCACGCAGAAUCUCCUCACAGAUACGGAAGUCUUUGUCUUCGAUUCAAGUCGACUACAAGGUCAGGCUGCAGCCAGUCCGUCCAGUUCGGGCGCGACCAGCUCAUCAGGCAGCCAUGACUUUAACCCUGGGCCGGCACCAGAUACGAUAGCAGAUCAGGAUGAUCUACAAGCAUGGCAGAACUUGUUCAAGCUUCGCCGCAAUUGGGCGAAUGCGAUAUUGAAGGGAUGCGACAAGCAAGCCCAGCAGGCUGAGCGCUACCUGGACGAGCAAGCCAUCAUCGAGCGAAGUGUUGCCGUUGCAGUCACCAGCUUGAAGCAGCACACCAGGGGCGCCGAGCAGAAGUACGCUCACGCUGAGCAGUGGCUGGAUGCGGUCCAGGGAGAACAACUGGUGCAUCUGGAGGAUUGGGAGCGGCACCUUGGCAGUCUGAGGAGCAUUCCAGCACGAGCAGAAUUCUUACGGUUCAUUCAGCCAUUCUCGCCUGCAUCGCGACGACUAUCACAGCAGGCUGGUGUAGCGACCUUGCAAGGCUUUGUCGAUGUGCCCGCGACGGAAAAGGCGGCCACCGCGUCGAGGACCCUGCUGAGUGGUCUAGUAGACCAGGUGGGAAAUAUGCGCAGAGAGCUGGACGCAGUCACAAAGCAGACCGAGGACUUGCAACAGGCAACUGAGCAGCACAGUUCAACCAACAGCACGUCUGAGCCGAUGCAACUUCUGGAGGAGAUACAGCUCGUGGUCAAAAAGAUAGCCUCCGACCUGCAGCAUGUGCAGUCGCUCCCGGCCGCUGCUGCUUCUGUAUCGCAGGCCUCGAAAAUGGCUCUCCUACACACUAGAAACUUUCUCCCAGCGCUCACGGAACACAGCGGAGAGAUGAACGAGCUUGUUCGUCGUAUGCAGCAGCUCCGCGAUAGUGCUGCUCAGACAUCCAGCGACCAUAUGCGAACUUUGGCAAACACUGAGUCACGACUUUCCGAGCUAUAUUCCAAGGCUAAGAGCCUGGAAAUAGCGGACGACGACCAGCAUGGUUUUACUACUCUCGCCAUCGUCUCACGCUUGCCAUCCGUGUACGGCCAGCUACUCAUCGAGUCUGUUCGAAGACGUGAAUGGGUUGCAAAGAUGAAGCGCGAUUCGGCGACUUUACAAGAAGAGGUUGCGACCUAUCAAGAGGAAGAAGACAAACGCCGCAAAAAGUGGAUACGAUCAGUCGAGGAUGUGGUCAGCCUCGAAUCGCUUCAGAGCAACGUACUUGGCAUAGAGUUGAGUCUGCAAAAUGAGGGUGGCAGCUGGCCGAUGGUAACUCGAGAUGAGCUCAAAGAGUAUACGGACACCCUGCUGGAAGUCUUCGGCCCAGGUCCUGUCACGGAAGAGCUCGAUCAGGCUAUUAAGGACCUUGACAAGCCGACGCGAAAGCAGAUCAAGCAUGCGCGAGCAUUCAAGAACGGCAGCAUGCACGAGGCUGCCUUUGGGGACACAUCACUCCUGCUUCGUGGCGACGAACAGUACAAGGUUCUUCGCGAGGCCAAUUCGCGUCUAGAAGAGGAUAACAAGGCGCAGAAGAGUCGUGUGCGAAAGCUUGAGGACCUACUGCACCGCCAAUCCCAGCUCAGUCGCGCUAGUAACGGUGACAUGUUCUCGCCGCAGAGCGCAUCCUUUGACCGCACCACAUCGCCUCUUAUGCCGACACCACAGCACUCGAUUGAUGACACGUCUCGAAAUAACCCCAUCAGACAGCGUCGGCCAUCAUCUGCGCAAGCGAUCGAGGAGAAGAAGCUGGCCCGUCGAGUGGUAGAUCUCGAAGCGGAACUUCAAGCUCAUAAAGAUGAGGCUGCCAAUCGCAAAAGCUCGGAUGCGGAGACUCAGAAGCAAGUGGAAGAGGCGGUGUCGACCAAGAAAGAUCUUAUGGAGAACAUGAAUGCUCAGCAGCAGGAGUUUGUAACCGAGCGGAGGAGUCUCGAGCGGGAGCUCAAUGAUGCUAAGGAGCGCGUGUAUGGCCUUGAAAUUGAGAUCGAUCGCUUGGUUGGAUCUCGUGACGAUGAAAGGACUGGUACAGACGCGCGAGCGGUUGGGUUUCAAGAGGAGAUCGCGAGAUUGAAGGAGGAUGCGAUGGGUCAUGCUGCUCGAGCAGCAACUGAGCAUGAUGCUAGGGCUGCGAUUGAGAGGAAGCUGGAGCUUGCUGAAUCCGCUACGGUGCAAGUAGAGGCCGAGCUUAGGCAGCUGCAGAUUGAGAAGGAGGAGGUGCAGGAGCUGGAGGCCAAGAAUGUGCAGUUGCUGACGGCUGCUCACAAUCAUCUGAUCGACAGCGCUGACACCCCUAGCAGUCUGGCAUCGCUUGCAUUAGCGCUCGAAGAUCUGGCUCAGAGGUCUGCUUCUCAUGUGAAGGAGCUUGCUGAUGCAGUCGCUUUCGCCAAAUCUGAGAAUGAGUCAUUGUGGGCAAGCAACGAGCGUCAGAAGACUGAGCUCUCCCAUGCAGCAGAGAAGCAGAUCGAGGACGAAGAGAAGAUUCGACAAGCGCAAGAAGCAUUCUCCGCUGAGUGGGCCAAGAUCCAGUCUCUCGAGCAACAGCUCAUCGACGAACAAGAGCAGCUUCGCACGCUACGUGAGAAAUUUGCAGAAGGUGAGACUGGUUCUGAGGUCCUCCGCCAACGCAUCUCGGAAGAAGAAGGCAGGGCGAACAAACUUGCUUCGGAGCUGGCGGAGGCGAAGUCUCAUGUCACCAGCAUGGAUGUCGAGCUUAUGCGAAUGCAGAAGAAGCAUCGCGCAUACCAUACCAGUGCUGAGACCGCGAGCGCAAGGCUUGACAAACGUGCUGAGCGCGCCAAGGAUGUCUCGCAUCGCUUGUACACACAGAACUCCCGCCUCGGCAGACUACUCGAGCAGCUUGGACUGGCCUUGUCUUUUAAGGAUGAUGGGACGAUGCUCAUCGAGCGUGCUUCGAAACUGGCUGCGAGCACCCUGAUGAGCGACACAACAGGCGAAAUACGACCAGGCAAUGCUAGUCGCUCGAUGUCGUUGACGUCUCCGCCACCGACGCGCAAGUCCUCGACUACAGAUGAUCCACCAGAUGUAGCCGCGGUGCACUGGGCGGACGCACAAACACCAGAUGAUGAAGCCGCUCGAUUUGAGACCUUCCUCCAGCAAGUGGCGCGCUUCAAUAUCGACUACUUCAGCGAGCAAGUCAACAAGCGUCUCCGCGACUAUGAAUACACGGCGAAGAAAUUCAACAAAGAGUGGCGCGAGUCGAGCAAACGUGCGGAAGCAUAUAAGGAGCGCUCCUUAAAAUUGAAGAGCGAAUCACAUGCUAAGAUCGCAGUUAAGGAUUUCAAGGAAGGCGAUCUAGCGCUCUUCUUGCCGACUCGUGGUCAAGCAAAGGGUGCUUGGGCCGCUUUCAACAUCAAUUGUCCGCACUACUUCUUGGCGGAGAAGGAGGGCAUGAGACUUGGUAGCCGAGACUUCAUCAUCGUGCGCAUUUCGAAGGUGGAGCAGAAAGUCGUCGACUUGAGCCGGAGCCUGCCUUCUCACACCGACGGAAAGAGUAUUGACGAGGCUAGCGAAGCCCCGUCGUUCGACGAUGACAACCCCUUCGACCUGUCUGAUGGCCUGACAUGGUGGAUGGUCCACGCCACAGAAGAGCGAGGCGUAGGCGGCGCACCGAGUACACCCGGCCUAGGCAAAAGCACCGUCGCGGCCGCGAACGUCGAUGCAAAAGGCAGUAUACGCACGAAACGCAACAGCAAGAGCGAAGACGCUAGCAAAGUCCUCAACAAGAGCCUUGACAGCCGACGAAGCUCUUCCGCUUCGAAGAAAGGUGUGGCGGGGACCGUGGUGCCGGUGAUAGCGAAUGCAGGCGGUGCGGGAAGUCCACUGGUCGGUGAGGUGCCAGCAGCAGCAGUAUCUCUACGCUCGAGAUCAGAGAGCCAGACCUCCCUUCGACCGCCUCCCACUCCAGCUCCAGCUCCGGCAGCGGGAGGGACAGGAACAAGUGGAUUGGGCAUCAUCGCAGACAACAGUGAUGCCCAAUCCACAACAGAUGAGCAGGCCCGCAAGCCUUCACCCUCUCCGGCCCCUAUCAUGAGAGCGAGGGCGGAGUCCCGUAGUGCCUCGCCUGCUAGAACCCAAGUCCGCGCGCGGUCGAAGUCGCCUUCGAAGUCCGUACGUUCGCUACAGCGACAUCUGGAGCCCAAGUCUCCUGCGAAGACACCUGUUAAGAAGGCAGGUUGGGAGUCUCUAUGGCAGGCGGAAUUCGCAUUGGAAAGUCCUUCGAAGAGCGGUAAGUAG